AAGCCUCUCUAUGGUGAUAAGCUUCUAAUCAGUUUAAUGAAUGAGAAAGCAGCUCAAGUGCUACUGAAGCUUCGGAGAGUUAUCUACAGCCUGCUAUCUACAGAGGUGCUUUUUCACCCAUUUGUCAUGUUGGAAGCAAUCCACAGCUCUCUAAAACAAAUGGAUCAUAAAAAGGGCGAAUGAGAGUGUGAAAUUAGACUGCCACAACUAUGUUGGUAUGUCCUGAAAAGCUCUCCUGUACAUAAAGGCUCAGCUGCAGAAAUUUUGCAACUUCCUUUUCUGGUUCACCCUUCAACUAUUUGCAGAUAAGCAUGAAUGUUUGGGAGAAAAACUCAGCGCUUUUGUCCUGACCCUUUGCUGGGUUUCAGCCCAGUCUUCUUGUUGCAGGUGGCUUUUCUGGUGUUUGCAGCUGUAUCCCCUUAUGAGGUUCAUGUACCUGGCUGCACCUCUGAAUCAGGCAGUUGUCAUAUUAUAGGCGACUGAUGAAAUGCAGAGAUUUUACAUUUUUCAGCUUGUGAACUGAUGUUUUCAGGCAGGGCCAGUUCACAAAGAGCACAGUAGCAGUAAGAUACGUAUUUUUUUCUGUCUGUAAUUUCAAAUCUCUGAAGCUCAAGCUGUGUAAAAGAUAAAGGAAUGAGUUUCACUUAUUAGGUUUCCUCGUGCUGCAUCUCUGUCUCUGAAGCUCUCUCGGGUAGAGAGAAGGUAGGGAACCAAGCGGCUGCCUUCCUGGCGUGUCCCAUGUCCUGAAGGCAGGCUCUCCAGAACACCUUCCUGCGGUUCUCUGGGGCUGUUGUCGUGGGUCCUGCCUACUUGGGGUGGGAGGAAACUGGUCUGUGCUGCUUCGCAGUUACUGCCGGUGUGGAUAUUUCAAGAGCCAAAUGCAAAGGCAAUUCAGGUUUUUCCAACAUGCCCCAAAUGUUGUACAAGUGGACACCCAUGAGCAAAAGGUUUCAGACCAUUCUGCUGAUAGGAACUUGAUGUUCUUAAAGAUGACCUUGGGAAAGGAUGCCGCACGGCCUGAACAAAAUAUGACUAAGAGCACAUCAAGUUGGGAAGCGGAAGAGAAGCAGAAGACAGUGAAACUAGUCCCUGGAGGGACAGAGAGAGCCAAGAAAGAGAUGACUGCAAAACCAGCCCUUGGGGCUGAGGGAGCCAAGGACAAGACAAUGGUGAGACCAGCCGCUGGGAUGGAGGUGGCCAAGAUCAAGACAGUGGCAAGACCAGCCUCUGGGGUGGAGGCGGCCAUGGAAAAGACGAUGGUGAGCCCAGCCUCUGGGGUGGAGAAAGCUCGUGAAAGCAGCAUAUCCAAAGAAAAAGCAAAGCCAAAAGAAACUCUUGCAUCAGCAAAAGCUGAUGGCUUAAGACCUGUGACUCAGGCUGCUGCAGUGACAGAAAAGAAAAAACUGAAAGCUGCUGAUUUCAAAUCUGAGCCACGGUGGGAUUUUGAGGACCAGUACGUUCUGGACAGCUCAUCUCCACCAUCGACCUGCUCUGACUCAGUGAAGGCCAAAGCUGCCAAGUCUGACUGGCUGCAAGAUCUUUUCUUGCCCAACAUCACAAUCUUCACAGACAGGAGAUACUUCAGCGAUAGCGAGUGGAACCGCAUGGAGCAUUUUGCACCACCAUAUGGCUUCAUGGAGCUGAAUUACUCAUUGGUGAAAGAGGUCAUGUCCCUGCUGCCUCCAAACCCCCGCCAGCAGAUUCUCCUGGCCAAUAGCAGCAGCAGCAUGCCAAGAUGCAUCAGCUGUGCCGUUGUGGGGAACGGGGGAAUACUAAAUAACUCCAGGAUGGGCAAAGAGAUUGACUCCCACGACUAUGUCUUCCGGGUGAGCGGGGCUGUCGUCAAAGGUUACGAAAAAGAUGUGGGAACAAAAACCUCGUUUUAUGGAUUCACAGCCUACUCCCUGGUGUCCUCUCUUCUGAUCUUGAGUCAAAGGGGGUUCAGCAAGAUUCCAAGGGGGAAAGAUGUCAGAUACAUUCACUUCCUGGAGGGUGCUAGAGACUAUGAGUGGUUGAAGGCUCUUCUGCUGAACAGAGAAACCAGGAACGGAUUCUUGAAUCAAUAUGGGAAAAGGCCUCGAGACAGAUUUGAUGAAGAUUUCAAGCUGGACAAAUACCUGGUGGUUCAUCCUGAUUUUCUCAGAUAUGUGAAAAACAGGUUUUUAAAAUCCGAAACUCUGAAUAAGCCCUACUGGCGGCUCUACAGACCAACAACAGGGGCCUUCCUGCUGCUGACUGCCCUCCAUCUCUGUGACCAGGUGAGUGCCUAUGGCUACAUCACAGAGGGUCACCAGAAGUACUCAGAUCACUAUUAUGACAAGGAGUGGAAACCCCUGAUCUUCUACACUAACCAUGACUUUAACCUGGAGAAGAAAGUGUGGAAAAAGCUCCACGAUGAGAAUAUCAUGAAACUCUACCAGAGACCCUGACUGUGUGGCAAGUACCAUUUAUUGGGAUGGUACUCUCAACAAUGCUUCACAGGGAAAGGAGGAGUACUUCUAGAGCCAGAGUUAGCUCUGGACUUCCAGGCAUGGAUACCUCCCUACUUUGAACAUUUUUGCAAAAGUGCAAGUGCUGCAGGUCAGGAGACGAACAGCCAGCAAAUGCAGCAGGCCGACAAAGACAUCCCCGAUCUGACUAUAUUGCAAGACCCAUUGUGGAUAGUUGUAGGCUUUGGUUUUGGGAGGGAGGAAUCCAGGAUGGAUCCCAGCAGCAGCUGGUCCAGUGUCCUGCGUCUUCAUCCAAGUUUAUUCUCUUUGGAAUGAGGUUUUCCUCUUCUCAGGCUGGAGGUGUUCUAGGUGGUUCCUCUUCCUUAGCAAUGCCCAUCUAUGAGCUGGCUGUCUUUUCUAAGCACUGUCCACUUCUGCAGCCAGUGGACAGAGAUGGAUGCACAGAUUCUGUCUUAGGUUGAUGACUUGGGUGAGGUGCUGCUCUGACCCUGCUGCCUUUUGAUAAAAAAGGAUCUGGACACUUGGCUUGCAGAUGGCUGAUAGGACAGGGUGAAUCUCACAUCUGCUUCCUACCAUAGCCUACUCAUGACACUUCAGAAUGAGCGUCCUGAUGGCUGCUGUCUGAUCUGCUGCCCUGAGUCCAGCUCACCAUCAGUAAAAAGGAAGGUAAAUGCUCUCUGUGGUGCACAAGGCUCACUAGACUUACUCAGUACUCCUGGCUCUGUGGGCUCUCUGGCUGCAGGACAUGUUAGCACUGUAUUGCAGUCCUGGUGUGCCAAGUCAGUGCUUAUCUGGACCUUGCCAGGAUUGGCUCCCACCAGUUCCAGGAGCACAUUGUUUGCCCUCUGGCCAGGAGAGAUAUGAGCUCUCCAAAUCCAGGAAUGGAUGCUAUCUGUCCCUGCUGCUGACUGGAGCACCUGUCUCCAACCAUGCUGAGGGGGAGAGGCCUGGUUGCAGCCAGCGAGCCUGCAAUGUACUGCCUUAUGAAUGGGGUUUUGCAAGCAAAAUAAACAUCACUACUUUGGCCAAGCUGAUUUUCAUUGCAGCCCUGUGGGAUGUGGUUAUUUAAUUUGUGCCCCAAACGGUUACUCAAGUGCUGCUGUGUCAAGGAAUGAAGCCAAGAAAGGGAGGGAGAAGAACGAGGAGGACCAGGGGUUUAUGAGACUGUCUCCAUCUGCUAAUGCUCUGCAGCUUGUGUGGAUACACCUCAACAGUCUGCAGUUAUCCACCUUGCUAUGGCAGGACAGGGAUCAGAACUAGCUGAGAAAAUUAAUAAAUACCUGGUGAGUCUGUCCUUGUCCCAGUGACUGCUCUUUGGGUGUAUCAGAUGCUGGAGAUGACU